AUGUCGGCAGCGGUAUCUAGACAACAAAAAUUAGAACAACAACGUCAGUUAAUGGAACAAAAAUUACGUCAAAAAAGACAAGCUUUAGGAAUGGUUCAAGCAUCAGAUCGACCUAAACUUCGUAGUGCAGAUUUACGUUAUGAUGGGCCACUUCAGUUUACAAUGCCUGUUGGUAAUCCAGACUCUGUACUUUCAAUGCACAGCAAUACUAUUUUAGACAGUAAUGAAGACUUAGAUAUAUUAAACCUAGAAACUUUGAAUGAAGAGCACAAUAGAGGAAUGGAAGAUGAGGAAUCUACACCAGUUCUUCCUCAAACACCUAAUAGUGAUCUUAGUUCAUCAAUGGGUGUCAUAGUUGACUCUCCAAAUUUUAAUCAAUCUGCAUUAAGAAGCCCUGAAUUAGAAGGAGACAUAUCUGGAAAUUUAGAUUCAUUUGUUUUGAAACCAGCUGUACCAAAGAUGCAUUUUAAGUGUAGAAUAACAAGGGAUAGAAAAGGAAUGGAUAGAGGCUUAUAUCCUACCUAUUUUCUUCACCUUGAAAGAGAUUAUGGCAAAAAAAUAUUUUUGCUAGCAGGAAGGAAGCGCAAAAAAAGCACUACAUCUAAUUAUCUUAUAUCUACUGAUCCAACAGAUUUGUCAAGAGGAGGGGAGGCAUUUAUUGGUAAAUUGAGAUCAAAUUUAUUGGGAACUCAAUUCACAGUUUAUAAUAACGGAGCUUCACCAAAACAUUCAGAUGAUAGCACAACAAGACAAGAACUUGCUGCUGUUGUAUAUGAUACUAAUGUUUUGGGCUUGAAAGGCCCUAGGAAAAUGACAGUUAUUUUGCCUGGAAUGACACAAGAUCAUCAAAGAGUAUUAAUUACUCCAAGCGAUCAGCAUGAAACAUUAAUUGAGUGUUGGAAAACUAAAAAUAUGGAUAACUUAAUUGAACUUCAUAAUAAAACUCCUGUUUGGAAUGAGGAAACUCAAUCUUACAUUUUGAAUUUUCACGGCAGAGUUACUCAAGCAUCAGUUAAGAAUUUUCAAAUUGUACAUGAUAGUGAUGUGGAGUAUGUUGUUAUGCAGUUUGGCCGCGUUGCCGAAGAUGUAUUCACGAUGGAUUUCAGAUGUAUUGUAGCCAGUGUAGUAGAUAUUUAUUCAAUGUAUAAAAAAAGUUUAAUUUAUAACAGAAAUUAUACAAAUUACACCAAAUAUAAAUGA